UGGGGCGGGUCUGUCUCCGCCCACAUGCACGAAGUCGGCCACAACUUUGGACUCGCCCACUCCGGCGAGUUUGGCGAGGAGUACGGCGACCAGUCUUCGUAUAUGGGCUACAGCUACUUAAGUAUCGGCUGGCCCGCGAUGUGCUACCACGGCGGGCAGCACCGCAGCCUCGGGUGGUACAGCACCCACACCACCGAGAUCGCAGCCUCCGACUUCGUCAGCGGCCAGAACGAGCUCGUCGACCUGUUCGCAUUCACCGACGUCCAGGCCCUGUCCGCAGGGGACCCCGUCAUCAUCAAAUUGGACGUCGCCUCACCCCGGGGCUAUGCGCUCUACCUACAGUACAACAAGGCGGAGGACCACAACAGCGGCGUGGUAGAGUCCGCAAACCUCAUCACCGUCGUCCAGGACGCGCUCAACACCCCGGCGUACCAGCAGUCGUGGAAGGUGGCGUCGCUCGGUGAAGGGGACGACUACGACGACAAUCUGCGCGUCAAGGUGUGCUCGCUCGACGUGGUUGGCAGCGUCGACGUCGUGAGGCUCUCCAUUUCUCUCGACUACAUUGGCGAUCCAUGCCCCCCGCCGACUCUGUCGCCGCCGCCGGCUCCCCCAUCGCCGCCGCCAGCGUCGCCACCACCGUCGCCGCCGCCCUCGCCGCCGCCACCGCCCGCGCCUCCGUCGCCGCCACCAGCAGCGCAGCUGCUCGACCUUCGCACGGCCACCACGUACCAGGACUCGAGCUGGUUCGACAAGCAGGCGCCCGUGAGCGACCUGUCAUACGCCGACAGCACGACGGGACGGCCGUGGGCCGAGUGCGGCCACUACACAAGCCAAUGGUGGGGCGUCGACCUCGGGAGCGAGGUGUAUGUGCGCUACGUGCGGCUGCAGAACCGCAACGACUGCUGCCCGGAGCGGCUGACGGACGUCGACAUCUAUCUCGGCUCGACGGCGGAGACGUACACGGGCAACGCGCUGGUGAAGUCGGACGUGAGCGUGUCGUCGAACGUGAUGUUGGAGGUGGAGAUCAACGCGUUGGGGCGCUACAUCUACCUCAACCGGCCGUCUGCGGCGGGGCUGACGGUGUGCAAGUUCUACGUCUUCGCUUCGCCCGCGCCGCCGUCACAAUCAUCACCGCCUCCCCCGCCUCCGUCACCACCAUCGCCGCCGCCACCGCCUCCCUCGGCAUCGCCCUCGCCGCCGCCGCCACCGCCUCCGAGCGCAUCGCCUUCACAAGCGCCGCCGAGCGCAUCACCGUCACCGCCGCCACCAUCGCCGCCGCCGCCGCCCGCGCCUCCGUCGCCGCCACCAGCAGCGCAGCUGCUCGACCUUCGCACGGCCACCACGUACCAGGACUCGAGCUGGUUCGACAAGCAGGCGCCCGUGAGCGAUCUUUCAUAUGCCGACAGCACGACGGGACGGCCGUGGGCCGAGUGCGGCCACUACACAAGCCACACGUGGGGCGUCGACCUCGGGAGCGAGGUGUAUGUGCGCUACGUGCGGCUGCAGAACCGCAACGACUGCUGCCCGGAGCGGCUGACGGACGUCGACAUCUAUCUCGGCUCGACGGCGGGGACGUACGCGGGCAACGCGCUGGUGAAGUCGGACGUGAGCGUGUCGUCGAACGUGAUGUUGGAGGUGGAGAUCAACGCGUUGGGGCGCUACAUCUACCUCAACCGGCCGUCUGCGGCGGGGCUGACGGUGUGCAAGUUCUACGUCUUCGCUUCGCCCGCGACGCCGCCGUCACCAUCACCGCCUCCACCGCCGCCGCCUCCCUCCGCCUCGCCCUCGCCGCCGCCUCCCUCGGCAUCACCAUCGCCGCCGCCUCCCUCAGCAUCGCCGUCGCCCCCGCCGCCGUCCGUCUCGCCGUCGCCGCCGCCGCCGUCCGCCUCACCAUCGCCGCCGCCGCCCUCAGCAUCGCCGUCGCCCCCGCCGCCCUCAGCAUCACCGUCACCCCCGCCGCCAUCCGUGUCGCCGUCGCCGCCGCCUCCCUCGGCAUCGCCCCCGCCGCCGUCCGCCUCGCCCUCGCCGCCGCCUCCCUCCGCCUCACCAUCUCCGCCGCCUCCCUCCGCCUCACCGUCACCACCGCCUCCCUCAGCAUCGCCCUCGCCGCCGCCUCCCUCCGCGUCGCCGUCGCCGCCGCCUCCCUCCACCUCGCCGUCGCCGCCGCCUCCGUCCGCCUCGCCCUCGCCGCCGCCUCCGUCCGCCUCGCCGUCUCCGCCGCCUCCCUCCGCCUCGCCGUCGCCGCCGCCUCCCUCCGCGUCGCCGUCGCCGCCGCCUCCGUCCGCCUCGCCGUCGCCGCCGCCUCCCUCCGCACCGCCGUCGCCGCCGCCUCCCUCCGACUCGCCGUCGCCGCCGCCUCCGUCCGCCUCGCCGUCGCCGCCGCCUCCGUCCGCCUCACCCUCGCCCCCGCCGCCCUCAGCGUCGCCGUCGCCCCCGCCGCCCUCAGCAUCGCCGUCACCCCCGCCGGCAUCCGUCCGCCUCCCUCGGCAUCGCCCUCGCCCCCGCCGCCGACCUCGCCACCGCCUCCCACGCUGCCGCCUCCCGCCCCUCCUCCAUCCCCGCCUCCACCCACGCCGCCGCCCUCACCGCCGCCCUCACCACCACCACCCUCGCCACCACCGCCCUCACCGCCGACCUCGCCACCGCCUCCCACGCCGCCGCCACCCUCACCGCCACAACCCUCCCCUCCUCCACCCACGCCGCCGUCGCCCUCUCCGCCGCCGGUCUCUCCGCCCCCAUCCUCGCCGCCACCGCCAUGCGAUCAGAUGUGUCACUUUGCAGGAGCGGCCAAGGCGUUGCCCUGCUCGAUUUUUGCCGAGUUGCCGUGUCCGCUUCUCGCAGACCGCGGUUGUUCUCAAUGUACCGGGUGCUGUGGCCUGUCGCAGUGCAUGUCGACAAACUCAUCGGACUUUUGAGCUUCCCGCGCCGGUGCCAGCCGCCAUUGGCUGGCGAAUUCUACGUUUACGGAUACGUGUGAAUGGAGAAUGGAAAUUGGAACCGUGGCCAUGACAGACCGGCGGCGCGUACGUGAAUGUGCAUGGUAUGCAUGUUGCAUGUAGUGUGCAGAGCUGAACUCGUCGAGACGUGGACGAUGUGGAAUGUGAGUAGCGUUGACGCCUGUGGCGCAGAAAAAGUAAUAUAUCUUUAUGCAGUUGGCGACGGUAUAUCAUUUGGGCG